GACCGGGUCACCCUGUUAACGGCAGGAUAAGGUAGUGUGGCGAUGUAAAGACUCACCACACCAUCGCCUGUUUGCACUUGACUCGAAGACGGCACGGCGUAAGCAUGUCUCGCCUGGUCACUCGCAUCUUUGUUAUUUCCAAACACUCGAGAGCGGGGCUGCCAUUGUUGUCACGGCGGAGCAUCCCCGUCUUCAUCCGCCCUGUACACACAAGUGGAGGCUUGCAAUCUCUAACCCGCUAUGACCAGACGACAGAUUGGCAAAAGAAACUCACUCCUGAGCAGUAUGUAGUCACUCGAGAGAGGGGUACGGAAGUGCCCUUUAGUGGGAUCUACCUGAAUCACUAUGAGGUGGGGAUGUACCAUUGCGUCUGCUGUGACUCUCCACUCUUCAGCUCAGAGUCCAAGUAUGACUCCGGGACGGGCUGGCCGGCUUUCAAGGAGGCUCAUGGGACGUGGGAGCGAGAUGAAAGCCACUCCUCUAUCAUCCGUCGCCCUGACAACAGCCUGGGUAGCGCCAGCACGGAGGUGCUUUGUAAAAACUGUGACGCCCACUUGGGUCAUGUAUUUGAGGACGGGCCGGAUCCGACUGGUCAGCGGUUCUGUAUUAACAGCGCCGCACUCAACUUUAAGCCCAGAGAAAACACCAAACCUGGAGAGGACGAGGAGAACUGACAAUAUAUCAUAUUUUACGAUGUAUAAUCUUCAUUGUGGUUCUGUAUUUUUCAAUGGAAUCUGUCUGCAUUACUUGUUUGAAGGUUUUUCUUAAUAAAUAUAUCA